UUACAAGACCAAACAAAAGCAAUUAUAUAACUCGUAAUUAUAACUCUACCGCCCAGUACCGACUCACUAUCCCUACCAUAGACGUCGAAGAACAACAGCACUCGGCUCUAAAUUUCAAAGAUGUCUCGUGUAAUAACCGUUUUUGGUGCAACAGGCUUGCAAGGUGGAGGAGUUGUCAAAGCACUUCUUGCUGGAGGAAAAUUCAAAGUGCGAGGAGUAACUCGGUCUGUUGAGGGCAAAAAAGCGAAGGAGCUUGCCGCCAAAGGUGUUGAAAUGGUUGAAGCCACUCUGGACAAACCAGAGUCCUUGCAUAAGGCAAUAGCAGGCUCACACGGGGUGUUCUUGCUCACCAAUUUCUGGGAUAGCAUGGACGGAGCUCGUGAGACAACACAAGGGAAAGCCGCCGUUGAUGUUUGCUUGCAAGAGGGUGUCAAACAUUUGAUCUAUAGCGGCUUGGAAAGUGCACAGAAGAUGUAUGGUUUUGUUGUAGAGCACUUCGACUCGAAAACCAAAGUUGAAGACUAUAUGAAGGAGAAAGCAGGGUCGAUGAUAUGGAACAGUGUAAGAAUGCCAGCGUAUAUGAAUAAUUUUCUGGUGCCUGGUUCAAGACCACAAAAGCAGGAGGAUGGUACAUACACCCUGAAUUACCCAAUGGAAGGAAAACCAAUGUAUUUGAUGGACGUCACUGAUCUUGGAGAAUGUGUUGCAAGUAUAUUCAAUGACCCAGAGAGCUACGCUGGUCAAAUGAUCGAAGUGUCUACCGAGUUUUUGACAAUAGAGCAGUUAUGCGAGGUUUUGAGCAAAGUUCUAGCCCCAAGAGUUUUCAAGGAUUCCAAACUAACGACAGACCAGUUUGCCAAAUUUGGGUUUCCCGGGGCGGAAGAAAUGGCAGCCAUGUUCAAGCUAUACCAAAAAGGAAUUGAGCGUGAUAUUGCGCUCACAAAGAAAUUGAAUCCUAAAGCAAAAUCUUGGGAAGAGUUUGUUGUUUGCCACAAAGCAGACUUUGAAAGUUUCUUGUAAGAUUUUUUCUUGAGCCUGCAUGGCCAAAACGAGGAUCUUCUGUCGUUUAGAAAUAUCGCACUGCUGUAAUAAAUACAUUGGUCUUUUUU